UUACAUCAAUUUGAAACACACACAAUUCAAGAAAUGUCAACACCUUCCCCAACUGAGAUCAAUCCUUGUACCAUUGCAGGGUCAGCGCCCUUCACCAUGUGAGGAGCUUCCUUGCGUGUUGAUUUGAUCAUUUGAUCCAAGUUCUUUUGCAAAACGCCUCCAUCCAUCACCAUGAGUACGUCCUCGAUUACAUAUACAAAAUCUUUUUGGUUUCCAACAGAAGUACAGAACCCUAUUUCCAAAGACUUACCCUGUUCAACCUAAUCACCACCAAUAGUUGAUCUUCCCAAUCUUGUUUUACGAAAAAACCUUCCCAAUUUCCCAAACACUGAAGGCAAGCUAUCUGCUAUCCAUUUCCCUGUCUCUAAUGGAAUCCUGAUCCAGCAAUCAUAUACUGGGAUUCUUUCUGGACAAAACACUGAAACACCCUUUCCGACUUUCUCUAGUCAUAGAUUGAAGAAUUUCCCUUUCAUCUGGACAGUUUUCUAGAGACAUCCUUCUCUCAUGGCGAUUGGUUGCCGUAGAUGAGCCAUAAAAAGAAGGAUUCAAGAGGGGAGAUGCUUUUAGUCUUUGGCUUUUCCAAGAAGUGGCCUGCAUAUGCCACAUCUGAGUUGGAUCUGGAAUGUGUUUAUCAUGCCAUCUUGCAGAUUAGCCAGGCACUAGCUGGCGCAGACACAGCAGGUUUAAGGGGAAGGCUACCAAAAUUUGUAUUCAUGAGCUAUUGGUGGACGGCCCUUCGCAAAGUGUGAAGUGUUUGGCCCAUGACGCCUCUUUCCAAGAAUUACUUUUAUAACAAUUAAAGAUCGAGGCAUGGCCGUCUCAAUUUGGGACGGCUUACCGAAGGUUAUCCUCGACAAACCAGUCUCCAGCAACAUUGCUGCUUCCUCUUUGACACGGAAUAAUGGUGACACGAAAAAUUGGUGAUUGGAGGUGCUAGCAGAAUGGGGUUUUGCAAAAUAUGUCAAGGCAGAUUGGAAGGUUUUUGAAUUAGUUGAGAGCACGCAUACUGGUUUCUUUAGAUCCUCCAUCUUGCUGGAGGAUGUUUUGAUGCAGGACAGAAAACAAUAUAUGAACAAUAAGAGGGAGAAAAAGGAAAGUAGCAGAAAAAAUAAGAGGAAGGAAAAAAUUAAGGCAAAAUUGAAAUAGGGUUCAGUUCUCUAUAAAUGGAAGUUGUCUCCAUCAUACACAAUAAGUAAAUGUUAUUUAUGAAACCACAUCAAAUCCUUAAAGCUGAAAAUUCCAGAAUGAAAUCUGACAAACAAGAUCUUAAAUUAUGCCUAAGCCUGUGGUAAACACGAAGAUCCUGGCGAGUCUGAUCCCCAUCAAUGGCGGGGGUGGUUUUCCUGUUAUCUGGCCUGCUGCCAUUUUUUGUCGGGGCUGCAUAAUUUUUAGCUGCAGUAGUUGGGGUCACUUGGGCUUACAGCCAGGUGACUCUUUUUCAGACUCCUUACCAAAUUACUUGAGCCAUAUCUACUUCAUUUUUUCCCCCCAAAUUCUCUUAUCAUCUCCUGAUACUGUGCUCUUUCAUUACAUUCAUUUGUAAUUUCUAACUGUCUGUAUUUAACUGCGGAAAAUUGGAAAUUAUAGCAUUUGAAUUUG